CAUCCGCUCCUCAGAGAGCCUCUCUGCCCUUUCUGUCCGCCACAUCUCCCUGGCUACAUUAUCUCCCCGACUAGUGCCUAGCAGGCGGGCCUGAUAGAAGUUUCUCUAAAGGCUCUGGAGGAGUCAAACAAUGCAUAACGUCCUGUGCAACCCUCAGACUCCUAUACCUCGUGGGAAUUUGGAAGUCGAAAUCCAGUCCGCGGUCCGCCCCUCCCCGCGUCGCCUCAAUUAGCCCCGCUCGGUCUCGCCCUAAGUCUCGCCUUUCCCUUUAACCAACCCCUCAAGCCGGGUUACCUCUCCGGUGCCUAUAAUCCUUAACGUUUCCCUAUAUGCUGUCCCAACUAGGAAAGCCUUUACUUUCCGCUAUUGGUAAAAUAUUUACACUUUCCGUACCAUGGCCACGCCCCCUUCACACACGUUGCCAAGACGAACCGGAAGAGAUUGCCAGCCCCCUGGUUCGUUAACCGGAAGUAGACGUACCUCACGGAAGCCGGCUUUGGCCCUGCGGCUGCUACCGUCGCCGCGGAGAAAUUGUUGGAUCUGGCAGUCUAGGAAUGAAUCUCCUCUCAGCCUUUAAGCUCACCUGGUCAGAAUCCUUGGAUGAGCCUGUGGGACCGUUCCUCCUAGCCCUGUGGUUUGGAACCAGUGGCUUUGGGACUGUAAGAGGAUGGACAAAGAUUCUCAGGGGCUGCUAGAUUCAUCCCUGAUGGCAUCAGGCACUGCCAGCCGCUCAGAGGAUGAGGAGUCACUGGCAGGGCAGAAGCGAGCCUCCUCCCAGGCCUUGGGCACCAUCCCUAAACGGAGAAGCUCCUCCAGGUUCAUCAAGAGGAAGAAGUUCGAUGAUGAGCUGGUGGAGAGCAGCCUGGCAAAAUCUUCUACCCGGGCAAAGGGGGCCAGUGGGGUGGAACCAGGGCGCUGUUCGGGGAGUGAACCCUCCUCCAGUGAGAAGAAGAAGGUAUCCAAAGCCCCCAGCACUCCUGUGCCACCCAGCCCAGCCCCAGCCCCUGGACUCACCAAGCGCGUGAAGAAGAGUAAACAGCCACUUCAGGUGACCAAGGAUCUGGGCCGCUGGAAGCCUGCAGAUGACCUCCUGCUCAUAAAUGCUGUGUUGCAGACCAACGACCUGACCUCCGUCCACCUGGGCGUGAAAUUCAGCUGCCGCUUCACCCUUCGGGAGGUCCAGGAGCGUUGGUACGCCCUGCUCUACGAUCCUGUCAUCUCCAAGUUGGCCUGUCAGGCCAUGAGGCAGCUGCACCCAGAGGCUAUUGCAGCCAUCCAGAGCAAGGCCCUGUUUAGCAAGGCUGAGGAGCAGCUGCUGAGCAAAGUGGGAUCGACCAGCCAGCCCACCUUGGAGACCUUCCAGGACCUGCUGCACAGACACCCUGAUGCCUUCUACCUGGCCCGUACCGCGAAGGCCCUGCAGGCCCACUGGCAGCUCAUGAAGCAGUAUUACCUGCUGGAGGACCAGACAGUGCAGCCGCUGCCCAAAGGGGACCAAGUGCUGAACUUCUCUGAUGCAGAGGACCUGAUUGAUGACAGUAAGCUCAAGGACAUGCGAGAUGAGGUCCUGGAACAUGAGCUGAUGGUGGCUGACCGGCGCCAGAAGCGAGAGAUUCGGCAGCUGGAACAGGAACUGCAUAAGUGGCAGGUGCUAGUGGACAGCAUCACAGGCAUGAGCUCUCCGGACUUCGACAACCAGACACUGGCAGUGCUGCGGGGCCGCAUGGUGCGGUACCUGAUGCGCUCGCGUGAGAUUACCCUGGGCAGAGCAACCAAGGAUAACCAGAUUGAUGUGGACCUGUCUCUGGAGGGUCCGGCCUGGAAGAUAUCCCGGAAACAAGGUGUCAUCAAGCUGAAGAACAACGGUGAUUUCUUCAUUGCCAAUGAGGGUCGACGGCCCAUCUACAUCGAUGGACGGCCGGUGCUCUGUGGCUCCAAAUGGCGCCUCAGCAACAACUCUGUGGUGGAGAUCGCCAGCCUGCGAUUCGUCUUCCUUAUCAACCAGGACCUCAUUGCCCUCAUCCGGGCUGAGGCUGCCAAGAUCACACCACAGUGAGGAGUGGUGGCAGGACUCGUGGGCCCUCUCCGGCCUGUUUCCCCUGCCACUCCAGCCCCCUUGAGCUGGGAACUCAGGCUCCUGGAAAAACCUGGGCAGUGGGAGGCUCAGCUGCGGGCCAUUGAUUUGAGCCUUUGAGGGAGGAUAGGGCUGGCCUUUGUGAAGCCAGCAGAGGCUGAGAACUUCAGGCUUCCCUAGAUCCAGAGCCCCUCCCCAUCUUCCUCUCUCUAAAAACAACCCUACCCCCCAUUGCCACCUUCACUCCUGUGUCUCCAGCUGAUUAGCCUCAGACUCUUAUUGUUUUUCUUUUGUAAAUAAAAAGCACCAGGUUCCAAAGUA